GCAAGGAGAAAGAAGGCUCCUGCAUAGCUAUGAGUUAGCAGGGAGAAGACAGCAGCAUGGAAGAUCUGUGGAGAAGGCUAAGCUGUAGGCUGGUGGAGAACAAGGACACAGACUCUUGCAGAGGAAUGGCUGUUCAUAACUCGGCACUGAAGCAAACAAACAUUUGUUUGAAUUCUGAAGGCAAAACAGACCUUUGGAGAAGAGGAGCUAUGCUCAGCUUGGGAGUGGGGCAAGAGAAAUGAACUCUUAAAAAGAAGACAGACCCUCAGGGAGGAAGAUCCCAGCUGAAAGUGGGAUGAAGACUUUAUCGCUUGAAACCUUGAGGACCUUAUAAUUAUCUUACACUAACCCAAAAGAUGUAAACAAAGAGGAAGAGAGAGUGCCUCUUUAAAAAAAACCCAGAAUAUACACAGACAAUGUCUAUCGCCUGAAAAAUCACAGCUAUUUUAUAACAUUUACUACUAACCAAGCUCUUCAGCUGCUAUUUCACUGUAAUACUGAACAACUUGCGAGUGAAAGAGACUGAAAUGCUGGAUUCAGACCUCCUAGGUCUACUGCUUUUUCUGGUUCUGGGCUCAAUGUGGGAUGUUAAUAUGAAAUGUGGAGAGUGGAUGUUUGGAGCUCAUUCUCCAGUUAUAGGAUUUUCACCUUCUUCUAGUGUGGAAUUUGUUCCUAUCUUCCCACAUGUAUACACAUCUACUAUUCCACCUCAUGCCAGGAAAAGUUGGAGAGAUAAGAGACUACCUAAUUGCAAGAUAUAUUUAAAUAAUGCAUUUGCUCUGGAUUCAGCGUGGAUACAUCCUGAGGAAUCAAGAAUCUUCCAGGGACACGAGAAGCCUCUUUUAAUGACAAAUCAAGUAGCUAUGGCUAUAUCUAGGCCAGCUAUUGCCUCAAGGCCUCUUCCCACAGUGGUGUUAACACCUCAGCCCAUACCAGGUGGUUGCCAGAAUAGCCUUAAACAAGUGGGCAGUCAUCAGACGAUUGCAUUAGCUGCUGCUGCAGCAGCAGCUGCCAUGGUGUCCGUAGAUUCAGAAGCACCACAGGGACCAUCACCUACAAGUAUCCAACCUUGCCAUGUGCUCACUCUGUCACCUGUCAAAAUACCAGUUUUGACUUCACCUUUUCCAGGUGCUGCUGCCAGAGUGGAUGCUCAUAUGACUCCUUUGAUGCCAACGCAAGUCACCAGGGUUGCUGCUGUAUCUACACCAGCUGUGACUUUCAUGGCAACCAAUUUCGUGGAUCAGACAUUAACAGAUAAAGGCAAAGAAUCAAGCAGAGCCUCCUGCCCACCAACAUUGAUUUUACAUACCGACAGGAAAAGCAAGCCAACAGAGAAUGAUGAGGAUAAGGAUCAUCCUUUGAAACUAGUAAAUGAAGAUGAUAGCAUAUCAAAUGGCAACAAGCCUGUGGCAUCUACUCCUGUACCAGGAUCACCAUGGUGUGUAGUCUGGACUGGAGAUGACCGAGUCUUCUUCUUCAACCCUACAAUGCAGCUGUCAGUAUGGGAGAAACCAGUGGAUCUAAAGAAUCGUGGUGAUAUUAAUAGAAUCAUUGAAGAUCCACCUCAUAAACGCAAGCUGGAAACUUCAGCAACAGAUAAAAGUGAUAGUUCUUGUCCAGAGGAAGUAAGUGAUGACCAUAGCACCAAAACCAAGAGAAAUAAAACGGAAGAUCCCCAGAAUGCUGAUCAGGAGAAGGUUGAAGUGAAAGAGAAAAUUGUGAAAACAUCAGCACAUCAGAUUAUUCUUCCUUUAGAAGAACGCAUUGCCCAUUUCCGAGAUAUGCUUCUGGAAAGAGGGGUCUCAGCAUUUUCUACAUGGGAAAAAGAAUUACACAAAAUAGUAUUUGACCCACGCUACCUUCUGCUAAACUCUGAAGAACGUAAACAGAUAUUUGAGCAGUUUGUCAAGACCAGAAUAAGAGACGAGUACAAGGAAAAGAAAAAUAAAUUAUUGCAAGCCAAAGAAGAAUUUAAAAAACUUCUGGAGGAAUCCAAACUGUCACCAAGAUCAACAUUUAAAGAGUUUGCAGAGAAAUAUGGCAGAGAUCAGCGGUUUCGACUUGUUCAGAAGAAAAAAGACCAAGAGCAUUUUUUCAACCAGUUCAUUCUUAUUCUUAAAAAGAGGGACAAAGAAAACAGAAUAAGGCUACGGAAAAUGAGAUAAGAAUUCUUGAAAUCUGCAAUAAACACACAAGUUAAUACUGUGACUGCCAUAGAAAAUGAAAUGAAGAAACAGCAUUUUUUGUCUUUUUCUGAUUCAAGUUCCAACAGUUUAAAGAAGAACCAGAUAUCCCUGAGAAAUAUCUUUUCAUACUGAGGUUCAGUGAACACAAGUUAAAUUUGUUCAGGUUCCUCUGCAGGAACCUGCAGGAUAUUUAGUUCUCAGAGAAUUAAUGUUUCAUAUUGAAGCUCUCUUUUGUACAACAUUCAUAGUUUGAUGCAUUUCUAAUUGCCAUGAUAUGUCAAUCUCUUAAUUGUUUUAAUUAUGCAAAUUACUUGUAAUAUACACAAAUUAUAAAUUCAAUGCAGAUUUGUAAUU